AGCUGCGGUCAGCUUCCUCUUGCUUUAUUCUCUAAAAAUAUGCAAGUACGACAACAACUAAGAUCCGCAUUUCUUGUUUUCUCUAGGUACCAUUCACGUGCGUACCACGCGCAUUCAAAAGAAUAGCACCAAAUUUGACUAUUUCCCUUUCCUUUUCUUAGUUGUACUUGCUUUCUUUUAUUUAGACGGUGCAAGCAGAUACUGACACACCCCACGCAGAGACGUACAUCAUGUUGCUGGACGAUGAAGUCAUCGCGCAGCAGUUCGAGACUCUGUUUCGCGUCGCGGAGGCGCUGAAGCAGUUGACGAUUGCACCACAACGGCCGAAACUGUCCUCGUAUCAAUGCUUCGAUGAGUCGUCCUUCACUUCCGCACAUCCUUCCUUUCUCGCCCGUGCCGCCCGGGAAGCCUCCAACGACUCUACCGCUUCCAGAAAAGAAGACAGCAUUGCGUUUCCACCCAACCUGUCCUUUUCGAAGAAAUCGCCGCAACAAACUAGUUUGUUCGAUCGCACUAGUCUCAGCAACAUCGACCAACAAGUACAGCUUCCCCGUGUGUUGACGGACAGCGAUCUGCACCCGCUGCGCCGCAUUGGCCACCUGCUGGAGGCUGUCGCCACGCAGCUACAGGCGAGCGUCGAUGCCAAGCUGGUGGACUUCUACACCCACCUCUCCAAGAAGUCCAACGCGGGAAGUAUCGGCGGUGUGCGGACUCCUGCCAACCCCACCAACGCAUCUCUCACCGCGCCUGCAUGGCGCAAAGCUGCCGCAGCGGAGUCCAAGACGCGCACUGAUCCUUUGGCCGAAGCAGCGCCGCCAGCUGCCACGUCCCUUCUUCAUGGAAGUUCCGCCCCGCUUUCGACUGCCGCAACGCCAGCAGUACAUCUGCCUUCCGCAACAAAAGCGAGGGGUUUUGGCGCGCCCUUGGCGGACACCAACGCCAACGAAGGCUCGCCCGCGCGUCCUCGGGCAGCUUUUGUGUUCGACGCGCCUGACGAACUCGCGUAUCCCAUCGCGCCCCCUGCCUUUUCCAACGGCGGCAACAACGAUAACGGCAGCAUUCUGGAACAGAGCCGCCAGGACGACAGUAUCAACACCGCCAUUACUUUUCCCAGCACCGGUGCUAGCUCCCGUCCCUUCUCACCGAAUCAGCCGAAAGGCACGGGCAGCCGCCCCCCGAACAGCUACGCCCUCUCGCACAACGCUCCGAUGGCGCGUCGGGUGGAGGAGGAGCGGGCCGCCGCGGCCGAGCUGCAGUCCUUUUUUUGCUUACUGCUGGAGGCGGCCCUCCAUCAGACGGACGCGACAGCCGCUGCGGUGUACCUCGACGAUGCCGCGUUGCGCCCGAAUUCAAGCAACGGUGAGCAGUCGAUUCUGUGCCGCGCUUCGAAUUCUGGUGCGCCGCGCACGGCGUCGCGGUCUACCGCCGCUUCGAAUGCCGGCGGUGGCAGCGGUGCCGCUGCUGCUGCUGCUGCUGCAACCGCCGGCCGUGCGCAGUUUCUGCAUUGCGUGGCGCACGUCCGCGGCCACUUCCCCCGCACGAUCAGUUGUGCCAUGACGAACGUGCUGACAACGGUGGCGCAAACGGGUAUUGCGGUGAAUUUGAACUACUCGGAGUCCGCUGCAGUGCUGCGCCCCAGCGACUUCAGUGCGUCGUCGCCGGACGGCUCCAACGCAGCGGACAAGGGCGGCGCUACCUUUCGCGGUGCUGCAUCCCCGCACAUGCAAUCGAACACUGCUGCCGCUGGCGCUGCGGCGGCGACUAACAAUCCUUCCUUGUACCUUAACAUGUACAACGGCGUGGUGGUGCCGAUAAAGGACGUCGGGUGUCUCGUGCUGGCCAACAAAGCUAAGAAGUCGUCUUCUGGUGCCGGUGGGGUACCGCCACACUUCAGCGUCUUUGACGAGCACGUCGCCUGGAGCAGCGCCCUGAUCGGCGAGGCGGUUCUUCAGCAGUACGACCGUGAGUUGCUGCUGCGCUCUACCAGCUGGGCUCCGUCGUGCGCCACCACGCUGCGGCCCUUCACCCACACCAAGACCACUCCCGCCGCACAGCAACAGCAGUCCUCUUUGUCUGCCACGGCAGACCUGCCGCGCCGGCGGCGGCACAACAGCAGCAGCUCGACGGAGCGGCGACGUGCGGAGGGUCGAGUUGGGUCCCGACGUGGUGUCGCUGCCAACAAAACCGUGCGCAUUCUAUCCGACUCGGACUCCUUGUUCGAGACGCUGCAGAAGGAUGAGGCCGCAUCGCUGGUCUUCAGCGCGCAAAACGACAUCUAUGCGAAGCGGCUGACAAUUGUGCGCACGGAGGACCGGCAACUGGGAAAGGCGCUGCCGCCGGAGCUGCGCGCGUCGUCGCCGAAGACGAUGACGCUUCCAGCCACGCAGAAGAUCGUGGCGGCGGUGGUGCGCAGUGGUCGUGCGGCGGGCAGUCUCGCUGGCACGUCCGGCCAGCUAAACGACGAGGAUCUUUUCAUGGCUGCUGCGCAGUACAUCACCAACAUGGAGUCACUGUGGCGCAAGACCAUCGCCGACAGCAACACGAUGCACACCGUGGUGGAAAACUACGACAAGGAGAUCCAGCAGCGCGGAGACAAGAUCGUGCAUCUGGAGUCGCGCAUACGCGAGUUGAACGCUUACGUCGUUCAGCUGGAGCGCCGCAACAACACUGCUCGCCUUUUCAACACUACCACUCCGCACUAUUGA